CAACUUCUCUGAGCCGCAAGGAAGGGCAAUGAAUUACUCCAUCUCAUAAGUUGCAGCGUCUGAGGGUUCUCCCAACCUGCCAGGUGCUCCCAACGCUUCAGGGGCACACAGUCUUCCGCCACUGGGGAUAACAUCUUGCAGUCUUCCAUUCGUCUGGACCAAGCAGCAGAUCUUUUGCUUCCACUUGAGGAUCCUUUGAAAGAAGAGCUUCCCCUUGAAGGGUGCUUCAAACCAUCAUGGGGAUAUUUUGGACAUCCUUAUGUUUCCUGGUAUACGCAUUGAACACAGAGCUGGGUGUCCUGGCUGUGAUCAGCUCAGAACCCCAGAAGGACUCGGAAGGCCUCACCGGUCCUCCAGAAGACACCGUGCCUCCAGAGAUGCUGCAGGAGAUGCUGUGGUUUUUCCGAAGAGAAGACUCAUCUGCAUGGAAUUACUGCAUCCUGUGCCUUUCGUUUCUCGUUCUGCUCAUUGGCAUAGUCCUCUUGGGAGCAAAUAUCAGGGCCAAUAGAAACCGGAAGGACCUGCUCCUACACAAACAGGGCUACGUAGUCAGCCUGCCCAAUGAGGCAGAAACGAAGCAAGCAUUUGUGCUGUUAAACAAAGAGAAUUUGGAUCCUGCUGGAAAAGAUUUGCUUCCAAAAGGACCAAGCUCAGGAGAGGUGAUGAUACGCUGGAAGGACGGAAACACAACAGCCCUGUAUGCUGAUGCAAAUGAAGAGGAGGCAUAGCACCUAAUGUCAGCAUUCUGGAUUUUGUGAGACCAGUCAGGACUCCUGGGCUGUCACCAUUUUUGGAAUGCAGGCCUCAAAGCCAAAUUCAUUAAGCGGGAUCAAAGAGCCGCAAAAAGCAGAGACACACUGGCUCCCUUUGUGUUACAAGUUACACAAAAUAUGUAAUCCACCACAACUUUUCAUGUGCCGGCUGCUGUUUUCACACAUGUUGAACUAGGACAGCCUAGUGGCUUCAUACAAUAUGCUAAGCCUGGUCAGUUGGUUCACAUUAGUGUUAACCUUGAUUGGUUUGUUGGUGUCUAGUGGUACUGUGUCCAGGGUGCCGGUAGGGUCAAACAAGUCAAGAUGGUGGCCGUGACAGGGCGAUCCAAACAAUGCUCAUAAAAACCAGGCAGAGCUUUGUUUGGACAGUUUUGGUUACCAUCUUGAUUUGCUUGACCAUGCUUGGGGAGACCCCGAUGCCAACCUAGCUCAGUUAGUUAUUUGAGUAGUGCUUGAACCCCAAAAAAGGGCUAAUUCAAUAACCAAUUAAGGAUACUGUGUGAAAGAUAGCCUGGGUGUGUGACCAGAAUUGCUUUGCUGUGUUUCACUGGCUUCUCCAACAAAUCUGUCAGAUGAGCUGGAAAGAAGUUCAAGGUCUCUCUGAUUCUGA